AUGACCUCGUCGAUCUCCCAACAUCCAGUCAUCGUGGUGGGCGGAAGUUUAGUCGGCCUUUCAGCUGCCCUCUGCUUGAGCAGUUUGAAUGUGCCCACCAUUGUUCUCGAAAAACACUCUGGGGUCUCGCAGCACCCUCGAGCGAUUGGUUUCACCUCUCGGACAAUGGAAAUAUACCGCUCCCUGGGUAUCGAGAACAAAGACCCCGCGCCAGAAGAUUUCAAGCUCGAGCGCGCUCAUGUUGAAAGCUUGACCGGUAAAUGGCACGAACAAUCCUUGUGGUCCGAUACCAACAGAGGAUCUAAGAUCGGGAGCACCCGGCCCACUGAUGUACAAUCCCGGGUGCCAAAGAAGUCCUAUUCAGCGGAACGUCCCUCGGCAAUUCCUCAGGAUAAGCUGGAACCCAUGCUGGAGGCACUCGCCCUGCAACGAGGUGCAGAUAUUCGGCGCAAUUGGAAGGUUUCACACGUGGAGCAGAAUGAGACCGGAGUCACGGUCACCGGGACCGAUGAGAACGGAAAGCAACAGAGCAUUCCUGGCUGCUAUCUCAUCGCUGCCGACGGGAAUCGAAGCACCGUCCGGGAACGCCUGCAGAUACCACGUAGCGGUCGUGGCUACAUGCAAACCCUGAGCAGUGUAUUGUUUCGAGCUCCACUUGAGCAGUGGACCAAAGGCAUUGCUCAAUUCGAUAUCGACCAGCCAGGCCUUAAAGCCUUCUUGGCGUCCUACAGCGACGGACGUUGGGCGCUGAUGUUCAAAGAUUCCAUCGACCGCGACGAGAAUGCCCUUCGCGCGGGAAUUUACCAGGCCGUUGGGGUUUCUAAUUUCCCCCUUGAGAUCAUCACCACCGGACGCUGGGAAUUGACUGCUCUUGUUGCCGAGACCUUUCAGCUCGGUAGAAUCUUCCUUGCUGGGGAUGCUGCACAUACCUUACCACCUAACCGAGGCGGCUAUGGCGCGAACACUGGUAUUCAUGACGUGCACAAUCUUGCCUGGAAGCUUGCGGCCGUGGUGUCUGGAAAGGCUUCACCGAAAUUGCUGAACACUUACACCGCGGAAAGACGUCCUGUGGCACUGCUGCGACAUGAUCAGAUCUUUGUUCGGGCAGAUUAUAAGGUUCACCUCGAUGUUACCACUCCCGUUGGAGUGAAGAUUGACGACGAUGCCAUGGAGUUCGGCCAAAUCUACACCUCGGAAUCCAUCAUUGGCGCUGGCGAGAAUUUACCCCGAGCCAAGAGACCCGAUGAGUGGAACGGUCAGCCCGGAACACAUGCUCCUCAUGUCUGGUGUUUUCAAGAAGGGAAAAAGCUCCCGAUCAUCGAUCUUCUUAGAAAAGAAACAUGGACCUUGCUUACCGAAUCUGACUCGACAGAAUGGAGAAAAGCCGUUCGGUUUGUCAACGGGAAAUCAUCACUUUCAAUCACAUAUUUGCCCUUCGGUGGAAAUGUAUUGCUCGACGAGGAAGACGACUUCCAGACACUCUUUGGAAUCUCUUCAUCCGGGGCGGUUCUGGUUAGACCUGAUGGUUAUAUUGCCUGGCGAUCUAUGAAAGCUCCCCCAAACGCAGAGCAGACUUUGAACGAGGUCUUUUCGCGUGUCUCUUGGAGUCUUGAGCGAUAA